CCUGCCUUAGCAUGGCUUGGGGCUUAGGGCUGGGGACUUGCCCUCCAUGGAGGUCAGUGGGAGUUGCAGCUCGAAGGUGGCAGGGCCUACCCAUCUUACAGAGGCGAAGACGAGGCCCCUCUGCCUCUGCUGCAGGCGUGGAGUCUGCACCCACCCUUCCACCUUCAGAGCCUGGCCAUGGGGUCCUGGGUCCCCACAACACUGUGCAUUAGACCUGGUUAACCCAGGACACCCUCCACAUUGACACAGCCCUGGCUACACCUGCUUCAGUGCAUCUGGAGCCCUCACUGGCGGGUGCCUGACACCUCGGCCUUGUUUUCUAAAGGAGGGGCGCUUCUUAAGUGUGUGUGUGGUCUCCCUCGCUCCACACCCUCCAGUGCAUGCGCACUCAUCCUGCAUUGCCUGGCCCCCCGAGGUUCCAGGGUCUCUAAACAGCUUCCUGAAGAUGAGGAUGGGGUGAGGGUGAGGUCACAUCUACAACCGGAGCCAGCGCUUCUCUGCCUCCACCCCUUUUCGUAGAAUCCUGCUGCUUAGCUCUACCUGUGGGUGUCAUCGGCCCCGCCCCAUUUCCCCAUGCUUUAAGGUGGAUGAGUCGCCACAGACCUCCCAGGGGGAUAGAGAGCGCUGGUGUGACCUGCACACCCAGUGAGGGCUCUGGAACCGUGGUGCGUGAAGCUGGGACCCGGGUUCGAAUCCUGCCCCUCUGGUGUGGUGUGGCCUUUUCCCACAGACUUUUGGCCUCAGUGUUCCCUGCCUGGGAAGUGGGGACUGGCCCUGGCUCCUGGCUCCAGAGCCGCACCCAGAGGCAAUCAGCCCGGCGCCCGAAUGGGGUCGUGUGGCUGCAACUCCGGGCCAGGGAUCCUGGCCCUCCCUGCCCACAUCCUCAUCCUGCUGUUGCUCCUCGCCUUCUCCCCCCGGGGAGAUCCGGAUACUGCAGCCAGGCGAGGCCAGCACCAGGUCCCCCAGCACCGCGGUCACGUCUGUUACCUGGGCGUAUGCCGGACCCACCACCUGGCGGAGAUCAUAUUGCUCUGCCUCCACCAAGGAGCCCUCAGGGAAGGCCAGCCGCGAGCCCCAGGACCCCUACAGCUAUGGGCGCCGCCGGUGGCGCGAGGCGGAAGCCCGGCUCCGUUCCCAGGACUCCGGCCUGCAGCGAGGGGGCCAGCGCAGUGCCCAGCUCGCUGGGUGACCCCGGGCACGGCUCGUCCCCUCGUCGGCUUCAGUUUGCCUAUCCGUAUAUUGGACCUUCUAUCCCACGUUUCUUCUCCCCUAACUCCAGCCCCUGAAACCGUCUUCCCCAGUCCCUCCCCGGGCGGUGACUAGGUUGGACCCAGGAGCACAAGGGACCAGGCUUGGACGAAGAACACUGAUGCCCAAAGCCGAAUAAACGAGAGUUCCGUGUU